CAUGGCGCCCGCUUCGUUGCACCGCCAUCUUGAACAGGAAGCACGGUAUAAAGUCAUCGAGGGCGAGCCUAUACUCACCAGAACAGACUCCCCUUCACCAUGCUGUCGCGUAUACUGGGGUGCGCGAUCCUAGCUGUCUCAGCUGUGGCCCAGUUGUCGAAUAAUACCGUUGCGCUUGACUACGGCACUUUCAUCGGCGAGCGUAACGACACCACGGGCGUCAUCAACUUUCGCGGCAUACGCUAUGCUGACGCGCCUGUUGGCGACUUGCGCUGGAGGGCACCUGUGUCGCCUCCCUCAGAGAAUCUUGGCAGUGUGAACGCGACUUCGUUCCCCGCCGCUUGCAUUCAGGCUCGCCGAGCUGAUGGGGACAGCGACCCAAGCGAUGGUCAGAAGUCAGCAGCUGAUGAGAAGACUUACUCUGAGGACUGCUUGUUCUUGAACGUCUAUGUCCCCGUCGGAACAGAGGUCAACUCGUCGCUCCCUGUACUCCUCUUUCUUCACGGCGGAGGCUUCCAGAGAGGCGACCCAGACGACGCUCCUGCAGACUAUCUCUUCGAAAGCUCGGCAACCCCGUUCGUCUUCGUCACCAUUCAGUACCGCUUAGGCGCGUACGGGUACCUAGGCGGGAAAGCCCUCGGUGACGACGGGGACUUCAAUGUAGGGUUGCUUGACCAAAAGGCGGCCUUCCUCUGGGUGAGAAAUUACAUCAAGAACUUUGGCGGGGACCCGAGCCGUGUUACCAUAUGGGGCCAGUCUGGCGGCGCGUCGGCAGUUAUGUUCCAUCUCUUGGCGCAAAAUGGGAACAAUGAGGGCCUCUUUGUCGGUGCGAUCGCGGAUAGCCCGCCUAUCAGCCUCCAGGCUGACUGCAAUGGCCCUUACCACGAGAUGGUCUCGUCAGAGAUCGCGCAACAAAUUGGUUGUGACAGCGCGGACGAGCUCAUGGACUGCCUUCGUGCUGCGAACGAGUCUGCCCUUACAAAUGCGCAAUCGCAAGUGCUUUCCAUACACUCAGACAUGAUCUACGUCUUCCAGCCGUGCAUAGAUGGGUUAUACCUGACUUCGCGCAUCGUCCCCGCCUUGCAGAACAAUACCAUCGCCCACGUUCCGCUGCUCUUUGGCUCGAACACCGAAGAGGGCGCACACUGGUCUGAGAACCUACCUGCAGCUUGCGCGAACACAACCAUGCCCAACGCGACGGAAGACACUGUGUACUGCUUCACACGCGGCCAGUAUCCCGGGCUCACGCGGGAGUCCUUCGAUCGCGCGUUGGAGCUGUAUCCGCUCGAGAACUACAACAACUCGGUCGAUCUGCAGGGCCAGCGUAUGUUGGGGGAGCUGCGCUUUAUUUGCUCGGCGGUCCUGGCGGGCGAGCGUGUCCCGCAUACGUACCAGUACCACUACGACAACCCCGACGUGGGUUCCGAGCAUGGAGACGAGCUGGCGGCGUUCUUCGACCCGCCUGACAACAACACCUUCUACUCAGCCAUGCGCCAGUACUGGACGUCCUUCGCUACCGGUAAUCCGCCACUGGCAGAUAUCAAGACCUCGUGGAUCGACGCGCCAAACACCCGUAUGUUUUUGCAUCCAGGGAACAUUAGCAUGGUCAAUGUUGAGGCCGAUCUGCUUGAGCGCUGCAACUUCUGGCACAGCAUUCAUGAGGAGCUUUCGACUUGAGUAGCACGGACUUCUAUCGGACAACAUGAUGCGCAUACAUAUACCCUCUUUUGUAGACUCAGACUCUAUCCUAUAUAUUCCACUGUCGACCAUGGCGUAUAUAUUCAGUUGAUUGACGGCGAACAUGGG